AGGGUUGCUGUGAUUUGGUUCAGCGCGGUGCCACUUCGGGGGGCGGCGAAGAUACCACAAACAGCCGCAUCAUUUUUGGUUUUCCGCCAUGGUUCCCACUACAUUGAGUGGCAUUGGGUCGCUAAUUUACGAUUGUGUUGAGAGGGUGGAAGUCCCUAGGAAGAUCGUAAUCCGGAACAUUCGUGUUGGAAUGUUCUUGCGUUUGCUUCAGGUCGGAACUUUUGGAGGUUUGACCAUGGUGAUCCUCGUUAGUAGCUCUUGGAACAGGACAAUCGAGCCCUCCAAUUUCAAGCUUCUGGGUCAGUGGGACGACACACUGGAGUCGGAUUACAACGCAGCGGACCGGGCGGACUGGACAAGCACGGUCUGCACGAAUACCGAGUCGUACGAUUACGUGUAUUCGGAUAGUUGGCGGUACGGGGGCUACUCGUGUCAUACCCCGACGAAGUCGGAGAGGUUGAUGAGAGUAGGCGAUAAAGACAUGUACUUCCCCACAUCCUACGAGGAAACCCACACGUCCCAGAUACCCAUCCCCAGCUCGGGCAAUUGCACGGACACGGACAUAGGGAAGUUUUGCAUUGACGGUUGGAAGAAGAAGGUGACGACGUGCGAGUGUAGCGACUCAAGGUACUACCUCGUGACGGGCGUGGAUGCCUUGCGCGUGGGCUUCAUUCACGGAUACACCGUCGGAGCGGCGCACGAGCAGCUGGCAAAUUACCAGGGCAGUGCCCAGCAGUCCGACCAGACCUGCGGGAGCUCGGGCAGCAACCGCUGCGAGGCGGAUAGCUCCAGCGGCAGCGAGACGAGGGAGAUGAGGACCGUUCUUGUCCUGAAAAGGCCGGAUGGGGAAGAGGAGCUGCUGGGUUACAAAGACGCUCCCGACGACGUCGCAGUCUCCCUGCACGACGUGCUGAUUGCCUCGGGCCUUUCGCUGGACAGCCACGUCCAAACCAAGGAGAAUCUGCUCAGUUGCCUGACGCGCGAGGACAUUCGUGAGGAACCUUGCAGGCCAGAUGUGCACAAGCUCCCCCGAGUAAGGCAGGUUGGCAUGGAAAUGGACAUUCACCUGGAUUAUUCGAACCAGUAUCAUUAUCCAAAGUUGCCCUGCGAGAACUGCCUCGAAGGCCAUGUUGGGCCAGUGUGUAAAGCCACGAUCGAGGUGACCCCUUCGUGGCAAAGCCGUCCACAGACCGACUGCAGGCAGGGCGAUGUCGAGGGAUCAACAGAUUGUUGGUCCCGCUAUGCGUACGGCAUCCACAUAACUUGGCGCAGUACUGGUAAAUUCGGAUACACGGACCCAGUGUACGUGAUGGUAACAUUGGCAGCUGCUCUGGUGUAUCUCGCGAUCCCGCUUGUUGUCAUAGAGUACUUGACGUUGUAUUUCCUGGGCAUGCAGUCGACUAUGUAUCGUAAGGCAAGCAGGGACGUUGUCACUCUGCAAUCGCAGCUUUCUGACCUGCUGUACCGGAUGGUGUCAUCCCAUGCUGUGUUCCGGGCAGUCAAGUGCCCAACAGACGAGAACAUACCAGGUGAGUCUUUGAAGCAUUUCAUCAAGCAGCACGCCCUUGUGGGUCAGAAGGACAACGACGUCCAGGUCGGAGAGAAGGAGCAUCGACUCUUGGUCGAACUUCUCCUAGACGCCGCCACCGCGGGCGACGAGGGCUGCGCCGACUGCGUCACCCUGCACGAGUUCCUGAGAGCAGAGGGUGGCGAGUUUAACUUGGAUGUCCAGGACGUGCUGAAGCUCUGCGACGCGGAGCGGCAGAAGCAGCCCUUGGAGCAGCUGUUCACCCCCACGCGCUGGGCGGAGGCCGCCCGCGAGGCGCGACAGCGCCGGUCCAGCCGCUUCCAGCCGAUCCAGGGCCAGCGCGACAGCGGGGCGCAGAAGCGUGCCUCGGGCGGCAGCGGCGGCACCGACGGCGGCGCCGUGGGGCGCGACAGCGUCGCCGCGGCGCUGGGCGGGCCCGCCGCGCCCACACCCGAGGAGCUGCGGAGGCGAGAGGUCGCGACAGACGCGUCGGGGCGCGGCCUCGUAGCAGGCCAAAGCAGGCCUCCUGCCGUCCGCCGGGCCGCGCGGGCGGCUGCUGGGUCAGCUUCGCCAUCCUCCGGCGUGCGAGGAGGCAGAACGGGCUCGAGCGCGAGGGCGUGCACGCCGCUGGCGUCGCCCGGGCCCCACUUGGCGAGCAGGCCGCCGCUGCCGCAGGGAGCGCCGGCACAGGUGGGAGGCCGUGGCUCUUCCGCCCCUCGGCCCUCGGCGACGGGGGCGCCGGGGGCGUCUCCAGGCCUCGCCCCCGGCGUGUCCUUCACGAUCGAGGCCGAGGCAGCCCCUGCGCAGCGCAGAGAGCCCGGCCAGCCGGCCGUGGACACCGAGUGACGCAGCGGCUCCGCGGGCACCGCCGCCGCUGCCGCAGGUGGAGCCGUGCGGGCGCAGCGUGAGCCCAGGCCUCCCAAGGAGCGGGUCCGAGCAGAGUUCGGGCUGCGAGGCUCGAGGCUCCCGGGCGUUUCCGUCGGCCUUCGUGGGUCCUGCAGGCCUCGGGGGUGGGGACAGACCCGACUUCACCCUGACGUUGCCCCUCGGCCUGGCCCUGGCCCCGUCGGCGGUCGGGCACCGCCGGCACAGGCGCCUCGUCGCCGGCGGUGCAGUCCGGCGGAGGCCAGGCUUGUCCUGGCCGCUGCACCGUGUUUUUCCCAGCCGCGGUCGCAGUCGUGCUGCCCUCCGCAGCGGUCGGCAAACGCAAUGCUACAGUCUGUGCUAUGUGUGUGUUUGUGGGUGCCUCUCCAUUUUCCUGCGGAGAGUCAGGUGGAAAGACUGCCUCCAAAGCUCGGUUCCAUCAUAUCUGCAUUGCCCUCACCGGAUAUGUGUAAUGACCGCCGCUCCUGUGAGGCACCACCGUGGCCUGACCCAGGCGUUGGUGGAAGUGGAAGUGGCGCAAUCGUACCUGGUCGGAGCAGAUCCCUGGAUCCGGAGUGUUGUCGAGCCC